AAGAUCAUGGGAGGUGUCUCCCUGCAGCCAGAGAUGGAGGAGGAGAGCUCUGAUCUGCAGCUGGAGGAAGACUUUCUCAAGAAGCUGAAAGACAAAUACUGCUGUAAAUUAAAGGAGGACAUAAGAUGCACCCUGGAGAGAGUAAUUGAACAAGAAAAUAAGACAAUAUGGAGGGACAGAGAGACUCCAGAGAAGGACGAGGGCUUCCUCCACUCUCAGUUUCCCAUGGACAUCUGGACGAAUUUGAAGGGAUCUAUUGUAGGCUCUGCUGCGAUCGAUGCUCAGCUGAAACAGAAAGUGAUCUCUUCCUGCCUGCAAGAGCUCAAAGACUUUCCCAAGAGAUUUGAGGCGGGGUUCAGGCUUCACUGCAGCGCUCUGCAGCCGGAGCCUAUCUGGACAGAGUAUCAGAUUACAUACAUCAACAGCUUCACAGCUUUACAGCAGCACAUGGAGGGGUACCGGGACACGUGUCCUGCAGAGGUGGAGGACUUAAAGAAAGAGACUGAUGGGCUGAUCUUCAGGCUCAGCCAGGGGCUGGAGGUCCAGUUCAAAGAGGACGUCGAGCUGUAUCUGAGGAGAAUGAUAACAAGGAAGUGGCUCACCGACGAUGACGACUUUAAACAGCUUUCCAGACGCACGGAACUGCUCUCUAAGCACUGCGCUCUCAUGAGGCCUCCACACAACCAGGACUUUGCCAGCAGGCUGCACUACCACGUGGUACAAGAAUACAUCGGCCAGCUGAUGAAGAAAAACUUCUCGUGCAAGAACCAGAGACACGAGAGAGCAGCGAGCAAGAUCCGCAAGCAGUGGGAAGAACUGAGGGACCUGUUUGAGGAGAUGAACUCGGCUCACGAGUGGCUCUAUGAUGUCGGAGACGAGCUGAGCGUCAUCGUCGAACAGAAAAACAAGAGAGACAUAAAGAACCAUCUGGAGACUUUAGUGAAGCAUUACCCUGACUUCUGCAAGAAGCACCUGGUCGCUGUUCUGUACUUCAGAGGUCUGAUUCGAGGCCGUGAACAUCAGCUGAUCCUGCAGAAAUUCACGGAGCUCAAGAAGACACAAGGCAGAGCAGACGAAGACAAGAGCCACGUUUUAUUUCGUGACAUGCAGAUCCCUGCAAAGACAGACUGCUUCUCCCAUCUGCCUUUCUCCUGCCUCAGCUCCCUGCUUCCCGACAACUAGGGCAGCAAGGACGGAGGACUUUUGACAGAAACGUUUUUGACAUAUCGCAAACACGGCUGACUAAAGUAACAAACAACAACUGUUGUACAGAAUCAGGGUCAGAUUUAUUAUCAAACUAGACUUGUUACCUUCAAAAUGUUAUUCAUGAACCUAAAACAUCUGUUUGGUUUCAGGAUAUAACUUGGAUAUUCGUCCUUUUUUAUUAUUGUUAACGAAUUCCACAUUAAAACCCAAACAAGCAAAAGCCCUCAUGUAAGAACCAUUCAUACACAUUGACUUUUAUUUUUUUAAACUGGCACAUAUAAACAUUUAACAUGUUACAAAUUAAAACGUCUCACACAUUGUACGAUCCACAUUCUCCCUUCACCCAUAAAGCCCAAAAAAAAUACAUUUCCACUGACAUCAUUACUUUUUUAUUUGAAUUAAUUUGAAGUUCAAAACAUAUAUGGAUCUAAGACAAAUUCAAUGCAAAUUCAUUUUUAUGUUCACCAUUAUCUUCAUCAAGGCUUGCCAAUAACUCAAUUACCUUGGUUGGUGAUUGGUUACUCAAGCUAAGAAAUCGUAAUGACAUCAUGAAGUGGGCAAAUUCUUAUCAGCUCAUUUAUAUAAAUGGAUCAGAACAAAAAGAGAGAGAAUCUUUUUUCUUAAAACUUUCAGAAUCUCUUUACACAGAGGGGACACAUGUUGAUGUAGAAAAGACAUGAAAAAGUGGAUUUUGCAUAAUAGGUGACCUUUAAGUUGACAUGAAGUUAAAAAUCAAUCAAGAAAAUAAGUCCACUAUACAGAUUAACAUAACAAAUGCAGCCUGACAAAGGAGUGAGAAAUUGGAUGUCUCCUCCAACUCACAGCCAAAUGUAGAGAACACAUAUGUUUCCAAUAAAAUAAAUCAAUAAAUGUGACCCAUGAACUCCAUUACACAAUAAGAGUGUAUCCAGUAUCGUGAGGAACUGCAGGAUACAUUUCUAAGGAAAAAACAUUUAGCCAACUGGACCAGAUCAAUUCAUUAAAGAUUGUGAAACUUUGUGAGAAGCUGCAGAUUUGAUAAAUAAAAAGCAGAUUUCAGGGGAGUUUUUCUCAGCAGUGGGAUUAUCCUAUUGUUGACUUUAGUUUGGGUUUAAAAUGUAAAACUGAUAAAACUGUAAGAAAUCUUUUGUGUCAAGCGCUGUGAAAACCCAGCAUACUGUCUUUGAGACGUUUAAAGUGUGUGUGCAAGCGCUCCAAACUCCCUUCAAUCUAAAGAAUUAGAGCUUUCUUUUGUAAAAUGUGAAUUUUUCCUUUGUUUUCUGUCAAAUCUCUGAUGUCACAUGACCCUGUGUGAUCACUCAAGCAGGAAGCCAUGCGAAAACGAGCUUAAUGGGAUUUUCUUUGCACCUUUAAUGUAUUUAUUUAAUCGUAAUUCUGCUUUCUUGUCUUUGUAAAUAUGUAUUUUCAGUUUUUGUGACCUUUCUGUUUUGAUUGACUAAAGUUCUCAUAAUUCCUGACAAUUAUAUGAAUAUAUAUAUAUAUAUGAAAUACUUCAGUAAUUGUUUCCCUAUCAGUGUAAAGCGAACCAAAAUGAAUUACAGAGGAAAUUAUAAUGGAUCAACAAUGUUUUAUCUUUUUUUAAUAAAAAAUAUGAAACCUGUUUAAUUAAUUUCACGAAUCUCUUACGACUAUAUUUACGUGUGAAUA